CUACACUACCAGGUCUCAGAGACAAUGUCCGACCAGCAGGAUUACGACUGUAUCGUUAUAGGAGCAGGGAUACAAGGCUCCUUCACCGCCUAUCACCUGGCUAAAAACAACAAGAGAACUCUUGUACUGGAGCAGUUCCUCCUGCCCCACUCCCGGGGGAGUUCCCAUGGCCAGACCAGGAUCAUCAGGAAGGCUUAUGAACAUGAAUUUUACACCCACAUGAUGGAGGAAUGCUACCUGCUCUGGGCUAAACUGGAGGCUGAGGCUAAUGUCACACUGUUCAGAUAUGACAGGAAAGCAUUCAAUUAUGCCACUUCUGUUAAAUGUGUCUGCCCUUAUGUGCUGUGCUGCCGUUGCCAGGUGGUGAAGAUCAAUGUGUGCUACUGGAAGGAGAAGGUUCCGGGCACAUAUGACAUCAGCAGCCGCUUCCCUUGCUUUGUCCAGUUGGGAGUGGAGGGAUCGCAGUACCACUUCUAUGGCCUUCCCUCCAAUGAGUACCCAGGCCUGAUGAAGAUCUGCUACCACAUGGGCAGUGAGACGGAGCCCGACGAGAGGGACCGACAGACAGACAGGACGGACGUCAAUCUCCUGUCCCAGUUUGUGUCCCGCUACCUCCCGGGCCUGGAGCCAGAGCCAGCUGCGGUGGAGAGCUGCCUGUACACGGUCACACCAGACCAUCACUUUGUUCUAGAUCGUCACCCUCACCACAACAACAUCAUCAUUGGAGCAGGAUUCUCAGGUCAUGGUUUCAAGUUUGGUCCAGUCGUUGGGAAGGUGCUGUGUGAGCUGAGCCUUGGACAGAUGCCCUCCUAUGACCUCUCCCCAUUCAAAAUCCAGCGGUUCCAGUCCAACCCCAAAUCCUCUUUAUAGACCUAGUCACAAAGUAAGCAACUGGAAUCAGAAGCAAGUAUUGAUCCACUAUGGUUCAUCUCAGUACAGACUGAUUGACAAGGUCCAAUGUGAACUUUGUUAUGAAUGUGAAGUAUCCAAGUGCGUAUGAUGCCAAUACCACCUCUUUGUGAAUGAUGCACAUACCAUAGACUUCUGUAUGAUUUACAAACAAGGCAGCUACUCAUUGACUAUCAGAGCUGCAUUAUAAAUCAAGAUAAUAAUGAAUGUAGAUGAUGAAGACUGAAACCUGUUGUUUAUCUAUAGGUUUUCAAUCCCUGCCUUGGUACUCACUUUGAUUUUCA